AUGGCUCAUCGUCACAGCAUGCUGGUACUUCUCCUUUCCCUCUUCUUCCUCUCGCCGUUCCAACGCCUCGCCGACGCAGCCACAGCUCCACAACCAGCGCGAUUCGAGCUGGCGAUGGCGGAGACCCCUGCAAUGAGCGCUGAGGCCAAGGCGCAACUCCACGCGAGGGCGCUCCGCGACGCCAUGCUCGACGACCCGUCGCUCGACGACGACGGCGACGACGACGGAGAAGACGGCGACGACGAGGGUGCGCGGCGGCAGCUGAAGGGCAUGAAGGGGCGCGACGUGGGGCUGACGCCGCCGGCGCUGAACUCGGGGCCGAGCAUGGCGGACGUGAACGGCACCCUCUACCGCUGGGACUCCGUGUCGCCCAAGGCCAUCGUCGACUGGCGCCAGACCCGAUACAUCUCGCCCAUUCAACGCCAGUUCGAGGUGCACCCCUGCGCGAGCUGCUGGGCGAUCGCAGCCGUCGAUUCCAUCUCCAUGAUGUGGGCCAUCACCACCAAGACAGACCCCAUUGUUCUGUCGCCGCAGCAGGUGCGUGCGACCACGGCAAACGGCGCAGUGCCGCUGCUUUCUUUUCCAUCGCGCCCGUGCCUCGCUUGUGAUUUCGCUGUCGCCAACAUCGCGGAAAAGGGUUGGGCCAAUUUUCGCGUCUAA